GUCUUGAGGGGGGCAGCCGAGGAGAUUGGGAUGGCGAAGAGGCUGACAGACGUCUUCAUCGGGGGAGGCGACGGAGAUCUGUUGAUGCAGCGGAGCGAUCGGGAGGAUAGGGUUCUGCAGUGGCUGCAGGUGCUCGAUAUGCAAGUGGUUGGGGCCUGCCGCGCGGAUGAGAGAUUGAAGCCGUUGUUGAAGUCGAGUGAGUCGAGCAGCGCGGCUGCGGAUCGGUUGUUGGCUCACCUCAGUCAGCAUUUCGAGCCUGCAGAAGUUGGAAUACUGGCCAUAUGCUUUUGCAUGCCACUUGUUUCGAUUCGAGUUGGCAAGAUAGACAAGCAAGGGACUCUUCUUUGCCCCACAUCAACAAGGUGAAGUGGGUGUAUCUUAUUAUGAUCUCUGAAUUAAGGGGGAUUCAAGGUAGUUUCAUGCUCCUAUAUUAUCUUUUCGACCGUUGCUUUUUGAAUGUAUAUAGGAUCUGAAUUCAACAAGUAGGAAAUGUUAGUGACUAUUUUUGUUCUUAUGCUUGUCAUUUAGGUAGGUCUCGUGACACUGUAAUUCUGAUCUCAUUAAGUUCUCUUCAGUCAAUUGGUUGUUAUUGUUUGCAUUUGACAAUUAAUAGUUAUGUGAACUGACUUUUUAUAUUA